AAACAACGCCUACGUCCCUGCAGCCUUUCCUUGCCUUACUUAGAUUUCUACAGCACCUCGCUAAACAAUAUGAAUUGGUUCAAGCAGCAAUUAGCCAAUGUCGUCGGCACCGAAGAGCCCGAAUACGGCCCUUCAGCCGUACAGCCCGUGACCAAACAGGCCCAGACGACGCCGUAUUCGAUCCUCAGCAGGGAUGACCUACGAUGGAAGGCCAUGGAGCACACCAACGUGGAAACCGAGACCUUCUACUUCUUCACCGACGAUGGAAUGACGAUGAGCGCACAAAUUAUCUAUAGUAACAUUGGUGGAAUCCGCACAACCUGUCAAUUCAACAGCAAGAUAUUCGAUCAUGAGGGCGCAGGGAAACACCAAUGGUGCUCAGAUCCAUUGCACAACUACGGCUUCGAUGAGACGCAGACAUGCUUCUUUGCCGACAACGUAUCAAUGGAGUUGAACGAGUCGGGUGAUUCAUACACAAUCAAGUCGGCCAGGAAUGAGGACUGUAUUAUCAGUAUAGUUGUCAAGAGAACGGCCCCGGGCUUCCAAGUCGGAAAGGAUGGCACAAGCUACUUUGGAACAAACCCUGAAGAGCCUUGGGGUUCGAUGCGACAUGCUUUCUGGCCCAGGUGCACUGUCACCGGCACCAUGCAAACCCCGUCAAAGACAUACCAGAUGAAGGGAAGAGGAAUGUACGUGUAUGCGCUUCAGGGCAUGAAGCCUCACCAUUUGGCAUGCCGAUGGAAUUUUGUCAAUUUCCAAACACCGACUUACUCAGCGAUUUUGAUGGAAUAUACGACCCCCCAAUCCUACGGAAAGACCGUUGUGUCUGUCGGCGGUAUUGCCAAAGACGAUGCUCUGGUCACCGCCGGUGUUUGUGAAGCCAACCAUGUGACAUCGAAACAGGAAACAGAACAUGACUGGCCCGAGCCCAGAGAAAUUUUGUUCGAAUGGAAGGACAACAACGGUGGCAAGACAAAUGUUGGAGAGAUCAGUGGUACUCUCCCUCAAAAGAGCGACCGUAUUGAAGUUCUGGCUCACUUGCCGGGAUUCGUCAAGUCCUUCAUCAAGGGCGCAACAGGCCUGAAGCCUCACAUCUUCCAGUACUCUUCAAAUGACCAACUCACAUUGAAAGUAAAGGAUGGCGAACAGGAAGUUUCCGAGUCCGGCCGCCUUUUCUGUGAAGCCACUUUCAUCUCCUAACGACACCAACUCACACUGCAUGUGUAUCACGACGCAUAUAGAUUUCUUGGAACGGCUGGAUGAACUUAAGUACCUACGAUUGGAUAUAUUGGAUAUCCUAAUGUCUAAUAAUACAUCUUUUUGGCCCUCGUUG